GACCUUCAAGUGCUCAGCCUCUCCAUAAGCCAUUUGUGCCGCUAUCCUUUAUCGUCAAUAUAUCUUGUCUAUUCGAACGGUUGGGUAGGUUUGAGAGGUGUACUUAUUUCAUUACACUGGAUUAUUAUUUUCUUAUUUUUGUAAAUGUCAGUUGUAGGGAAGUCCCUGGUUGUGUCGGGCUGCAAUCUGAAGAAAACCUGAUCCCAAGGUUAGCUCUGGACUGAAUUGUCUCAUGCUUGGUCUCUACACCCACGGGCUUUUCACUCUCUUUGGGUCAGAACGGUAUUCCCUACCCACUUAUCGAAGUUAGGGCAGAGGAGUGAGAUGCCGGAGACAAACCUAAACACAACACAUAUUGCCUCGCAGUCAAAUAACUAGUCUUUGGUGCUGGGUUACUCGCUAUUCACUUGCAGUUAGAAGAGACAAAAUAGAUUCCGUUAAUUCAGUGUGGGCCAUUAAGUCACUUUCCCACGUUAACAACAACAAUAAUACACAGUAGCCCGCCCUUCAUAUUUGAAUCUAAGUAAAUGAGUAGUAUUUCCACUUUUUUUUAGCCUAAUACUAUGGCUCAAGCAUCUCAACAGUUACAGUCUGCCUCUGAAAAGUUGAUUGAAUCUCAACUAAUUAAAACAGCACAAGUAUUGGAAGAGACUUUGGAUGAACAAAUCAGUCGUUUGGAUAAUUUAAAUGAAGACGACUUAGAAGUAAUAAGACAACGUCGGAUUCAACAAAUGAAAGAAGAAUCAAAACAACGCUCUGAAUGGUUGGCUGCAGGACAUGGUGUUUAUUCUGAACUAGCAAAUGAAAAAGAUUUUUUCGCUGCAUGCAAAACAUCAACAUUCGGUCUUGUUUGCCAUUUUUAUAGAGAGUCAACACUUCGAUGUAAAAUUGUUGAUAAACACCUGGCUAUAUUAGCACCAAAACAUAUUGAAUGUAGAAUGGUUAAGAUUGAUGCAGAGAAAUCACCAUUUUUAACAAAACGCUUAAAUGUUCGAGUUAUACCAACAAUAAUACUUGUUAAAAAUGAACAGAUAUGUGAUCGUAUAAUUGGUUUUGAUGAACUUGGUGGUCAUGAUGAAUUUUCUACUGCUAUGCUGGAAUGGCGUUUAGCUGUUGGUAAAGUGAUUAAAUACACUGGUGACUUAUCGCUGCCUCCUGAUGCGAGUAAAUCGACAUCCGGUCUUUCGUAUAGCUCUAUUACAAAACGACGUGAAAAUAAAUCGGUGCGCAGUAAGUGUAUUGGUGAUAAUGAUGACAGUGAUUAGUGAAGUGUAGUGUUAUUACUUCUUCUUUGUGUGUGUGUAUGUGUUUUAUGUAUUUAAUUAAGAAAGAGAUAAAGAAUAUAUUGGUUUGAGGGAGUUGGGAAUGAUGUCCUCAUACCCAUAUAAGUUUAUUUUUCUUUUGAACCUCAGGUUUAUUUUUCUUUUUUUUAAAAGAAUUUUUAUUGUAAUGAAGUAAUAUAGAUUGUUCUUUGUACAUGUAUGUUUUAAAACUACAUAUUUGUAUGUUUUGAUUUUCAUUUCCUUCAGUUUAUUCCCACAGUAUAAACAAUAAAGUAUGAGGUAACUGUGAU